AUGACCCAGGAUAUACCGUCGGGAGAAGCACUGCACCAGAUUCGUCUGUUCCGCAGGCAAUAUCUGCAGCUGCUCGACACUCAAAACCUUGCUUGGCCUUCUUCAGAGACACUUCGCUCGUCUCAAGCUCAAGAAUGGUUAUUUGAGAAUCUCUUUCAAGCAGACGAUGUUUCCCGUUUUCUGCCUCCUGAGCGGUACCGUCUUCGUGUCUUGAAGUUACUCAUGUCCAAGAUUGAAAACUCCAUCGUAGACCCAGAAGAAGAUGAAAUAUCGGAUAAUCUCAUGUCCACAUUAGCUGAACUCAUGUUUUCUCCUAUGCCGGAUGAUGCCACUGCUGCUCAACAGCGGAACUGGGUGACAUACACUCCACUCGCUCGGGAUUCAUCCAUCUUAGACAAAGAACCUGAAUUGAAGCUGCUUGAGAACCGUGCAGUAAUCUCAGGUGCCGGUACUACAGGACUGCGGACUUGGGAAGCGGCCCUCCAUCUCUCUUCCUAUCUGCUAUCUUCGCCUGAAUUGGUAUCAAGCAUCAAGGGUAAGAAGGUGAUCGAACUUGGUGCCGGUACAGGAUUGCUAUCCAUAUUAUGCGCCAGCCAUCUUGGUGCUGCCCAUGUCACAGCCACCGAUGGUGACGAAGGUGUUGUGCAAGCCUUACAGGAGAACGCGGCCUUCAACGAUGUCAAAGAUUCAAUGGACAUUGGUGUACUGUGGUGGGGUCGAGCUUUGAAGGGUUCUUGGAUGUACGAGAAAGAUCCUUCAUUCUCUUGUGAUCUGGUCCUUGGUGCCGAUGUCACAUACGACAAGGCAGUCAUACCAGCCCUGGUGUCUACCAUGAGAGAUAUGUUCGAAGUCUGGCCUCAAGUCCAGAUCAUCAUUUCAGCAACCAUACGGAAUACCGAUACAUUUGCUACUUUCGAAUAUGCUUGUGCACACAAUGAAUUCAAGGUACAUGAGGUGGAUUACCCUCUGAUUCCUAUGGAAAAGCAGACUUCCCUCUUCCACUCAACUGCGGUUCCAAUCAAGAUCUUCUCAAUCACAGCACCAGAGACGCAGAGAGAUCCUUAUGCAGUAUAA